AUGCGGCCAGUCUUUCCCUUCCUCGCGAGAGAUGCGAGCUUCUCAAAGACUUCGCGGUCUCUAGUUUCAACGAGGCGCGUUUCUUCGACAUCUCAACCACCACCUGAACACGAAACGCUAUUUCGCUAUGAUCGAGCACGAUGGAUCUGGAAUGAGGAGCAGCAACUCGCUCGCCGCUACCGGAAAUUCCAGGUUGACGAGCUGAAGAAAGUUGCUAUUGGCACUGUUAAUGCGCGCUCCUGUGUCUCGAUCGAGAAAAUAUUCGAUGGCGCUCAGAAUCGUGUGCUUCAAUUGAAUAUGGAUAAUGGCCGAAGCGUGGUUGCAUGCAUUCCGUACACUUUCGCCGGUCCUGCGAGGCUCACGACUUUGUCGGAGAUCGCGACUAUGGCAUUUGCGCGAGACAUCCUGAAUAUCCCAGUGCCCGAAGUCCUAGCUUGGAGUGGAAACGCGAGAAAUCCUGUUGGCUCUGAGUUCAUCAUCAUGGAAGAUCUCGAGGCUGCUGGAGCGAAGCAGCUCGCAUAUGCUUGGGAUUAUGAAUUGAAGCUGCCAGCCAAGAUUAGGAUCGCUAAGGACUUUGUCGAUAUCCAAGCCAGAUUGUUGUCCACCACAUUCAAGCAUUACGGAGCAUUGUACUUUAAGGUCCACGCUCCUCCUGGCAGCGUUCCCGCGGUUAUCGAUGGUCCUCAUCCAGAUUCCGUUAAGAGCAUGGUCAAGGACCGAUUCAUGAUCGGGCCAGUUACUAAUCCCUCCUUUUGGCGAGGAGAAAGAGAUACCCUGCCUGCAUCUCGUGGGCCUUGGCAGACACCGCAGGAAUACCUGGAAGCCAUCGUGGACAGAGAGAUUGCCUGGCUCAAUCGGUGGAAACCGCCAACGGAGAAGCGGCACCCAGCCAUGCCAGCUUUCAAAGGAACCAGACGCAUAUCCACCUUGGACGAGGCCUCUUCUCAGAUUGAUACGUACGAACGCUUUCGCAAGAUGAUUCCUUUUCUGCCACCCGGGCCGCCGGAAUGGUCACAAUCCGUCCUAAACCACUGCAAACUCGACACAGGGGACUUGUAUGUCAAAGACGACCAACUCUUUUCCGUAGCAGACUGGCAGAAUAGCUGGGCUGGUCCUCUGUUCUAUACUACGGCUCUGCCUAGUUUUCUCAAACUCACUGGCGAGGAACUGCACAAAUUACCCGAAAAUUAUGCGGAGCUCAGUGACGAAGAACAGACGAAGACUCGGUCCGCCUACGACAGCACUGCGGUGUUCAAGCACUUUGCUAUAGACGCUUGCGAGAAGACGGAGGUACUGGUGGACAUUUGGGACCAUAUACUUUCGAAAGCGAAUUUCAACAUUCUGCCGCAUCUUGUAGAUGCUGGCGCCGACUUCAAUGCGCACACACUUCGAAAUUGGUUGAUGCGGUACAUCCGACACUGGGACUGGGUUGCGCCAGAUGCGGAGUGCCCUGUGGAGAUGAGCGACGAGGAAUACUCCAAGACCAUGGACAGAGACUUCGCGGAGGAAUUCAAUGGCUGGCAAGACUUUUGGGAGAAACCUGAGAAGGGAGGCAACUUCAAGAGGGAUGGUUGGGUUGUGGAGGAGUGCUACGAUGAUGUUCUCGAGCUCUUCCGCGAAUUGCGGCGGAAGUUACUGGGAGACGAAGAGGAAAGUGCGGAAAAGAAGGCAGAGUAUGAAGAGGCUACGAGAUGGGUGCUUGAGAAGAAGCUUUCGACUGAAGUGUAA